CUGGAGACGGUAACACCAGUGGCAACGCCAUUUUUGUUGGCCCUUUAUUUUUGUGUUUUAAGAUUUCUUUUAAUUUUUAUAAGUUUUAACCAAUUAUUCGGAGAACUGAUAACUACAUAGCUAUGGCGAAUGCGGUGGUGGACGAGGAAACGCUGGAGGCAAUGGUCUACGAGCGCUCUAAGGCCUGGUCCAGUAAAAUGGCGGAUUUUGCCAGUUUGGAAGACGGCAUGGAGAUAGAUGUGGCUGAGUUCGACAACUUGUUCCACGGCGAGGACGAGGACCCUGAAAUGGAUGACGUGGCUAAGGAGGCUGUGGAGGACAAUGUGCCCGACGAGGCAAAGCUUGAAAUGGGCCACAUCAACGCCACCAGCGUUACGGAACUGACACUGAUCCUUUGCGCCAGUGAGGACAACGAGGCAAAGGCGGAGAUCGAGGAAAUCCUUAAUCAAACGGUGCCGGUGGUCGAGGAGCACAAGCGCAAGUGGCGGGAGGCGGGACUGGAUCGCAUUCUGGACACUUUUGAUGAAAAGCAGAUCGAACACCAUGUGGGCCGCUGGAUGCGAAGGCACAACAGCGUCUACUUGGAGGCCUCACCGCCAAAGUACCACCCACCGCAACACAACUCAAUCUCAGACGAAAGCGACGAAUCGAUGCACUCCAUCGACACGGCUCGCUACAUCCAGCAGAGUCGCCGGCGCAAUGCUCACAUGACCAACAAGAACUCCAACAUGACCACCAUCAAGAUGUACCGUAAACAUUCUCACAAACGAGACGAGUUGCGGGCAAAGUACGCCUACGGUGACGAGCAGGAGCAUCGUCACCACAUGCAGGCGGUGUUGCUUCGCCGACGUGAGAGGGAGCGCCAGCUGGCCUACCUGGCGUCGACGCCGAUGCAAUGCGUCUACUCCAGCGGCCAUCAUAUGAGACGCAAGAAUCUGCGUAAGCGGCGCAUAAACUCCUGGAUAUUUGACUCGGCAUCCAGCAGCGAGGAGGAUACAUCAUUCGGCGGCUGCGACUGCCAUUCCUGCCGGAGGCAUUACGCUCUGUCUAGAAGUGUCUACCAGUCCUGCCCGUACGGCAGGGGUCAACGCGAGUACCACCAUCGCCAGAUGGCAUCUCGAACCAUGCACACUAUGCGCCGCCAACACACCUUCGAUAUGGAAAUGGACUUGAGACCAAGGCUGCCGGAGAACGAGUGUAGUUGCUGCAAUAGUGACCGCUUAUGCUCCAAUGUCAUUCACAUUGCCAAUAGCUCAACCGAAGAGUGGGUGGUGGAGAACAGAAGUAAUCAUUUGACCCAGGAGUCACCGGAAAAGACUAGGAAGCAAAAGCACCAUCCGCUGGAUGCCAGGAAAAUUAGUCAUCAAUCCGUUCGCUCCAAAGGUCACGAACAAAAACCACUCAGUUCAAAAGCUACCUCUGCUUCCAAAUUGGUCUUAUCGAAAGAAAAGUAUAUGCAAAUGUUUGAUAGUGAGUCUUCCGAUGAAGAUAACGCGUUGGCAAAAAAAGGAUUGCUAUGCUGUUCGGAUAAAAAAAAAGGAAUUACAUGUCCAACUCCAAAGGCCGCUGGUAAGAUUACCCAUCUUACUUCCUCGACGAAGAAGGCUUUAAGAAAAGAAGCGCGUCCCAAUGGUUUGGCACAAAUCCAGGAAGAGGGGCCGACUGCAACGAAGGCUCCAAUUGAAUCCAUUUAUCUUCCAGUUCCUCAUAUGAAAAGCGUAUCUGAUGACGGAGCAAGUGAUACAUCUGCAGCAUUAGAAUCUCCAGCAAAGAAAGCGCCUAAGAGGGCUUUUAGGGAAACUUCACCACUCAAAGAAAAAGAAUUGCAGCAGCAUAUAGCAACAAUCCCUGUAGUUGUGGAUCAUAUUGGAAGAGUAUCUUUCGACGACAGAAAUGAGGAAGUCAUGCACGUGGAGAAGUCAUCGACUAAGACUGCCGUUGAAAAGUCUACCAAACAGAAAAGGGUUGCUGUCAAAAAGUCAAAAAUUCCGAAGACCAUUAUUACUAACAACGAAAUCCUGGAAAAAAACAGCACUCAAACCGAAUCUGAAAAACGAGUUGCAGCUAAGGAAAAAAAGAAGUUAGUUGGAAAGAUAGGUGCGACCGGAAAACCGUCUACUCCGAGAUUGAAAAAGUCAGAAAAAACGAAAACAACUUCUACUGUGACUUCGACUUCGAAGUUAGAGCAAGUCAUUGAAGAGACGGCCGAUGUAUCAUCAGAAGUACUGGCAAAACCUAAAUCAGGAGGUUUAACUACGGCAAGCAUUUUAAAGCAAGGUGAUGAUGGGGCAUCAAACUCGGAGGAUGAUCUGCAACGAGCCCUGGCUAUGUCGAAGGCCAUCUACAAGGAGGAACAACAGAAGCGCAGGAAAACAAAAAGAGAGCCCCCUAAUAAGCAGCCCCAAUCACCUGCAGAGAAAUCAAUGCCGGUAUUCAACAAUCAGAGCGUAGCGUGCAACUCCACAGCUCUGGCCAACGACACUGCUUGUUACCGCGUGCUUCCCAAGAGACGAGGUGUCAAGAGGGCAGCCGCUGUAAGCACUACGGAGGAGAAGACAGCGACGAACAGCUCGAGCUCCCCAACGAGCAGUUUGGAAGAGAUGGGCAGCCCCACGGGCGGGGAUCCUGACUGCACUGUAGUUACGUCUACCACUGGAUGCGAACCGCCUGCAAGUGAGCGACCAGAGAUUCCAGCGACCAUCAAGAUCACCAAGCGCGGCAUUCUGCUGCACAGUCCUUCCACACCGGAAGGCGCCAACUUCACACUGACCGAGCAGGGACUCGGAAAGAUUAUUGGAGAACGUUGGGCCCGCAAGUACCUGAAGUACCACAUCGGCAGUCGGAGCUUUGAUAGCCGACACUCGGUUUACUAUCAGCCGACUCCCCAACUCGCCGCUGCUCUCAGUUCUCCGCAGGCUGAACUGAACCUCGGGAACAUCUCGGGCUCCAGUGCCAGCGAUGAUGACAUCUUCGAUCAAAUCAAUCGAUAUGGAACGGUGUACAGCAUACUCGAGAAUGAUUCCGGCGACAAGUGAUUAAGUAGUUAAGUUUCACAUUCAGACCUAUUUCUUAAAUAUAUUAAGUUCAUGUUUUGGUUGUACAUGACGGAUUUCUUGGUGGUGUUAAACACAUCCUUGCAUAAGAAAUUAUAUAAGAAAAAUUGUUUUUAAUUCAUUUUUUGUGUUUUGAUUUAUUUCACGUAAAUUACAUGAUCGAUAGUGAUAAUAGAAAACAUAAUACGUCAUAAUCAUUUUAAUCAUCAUAAAUUUUUCGCUUAAGUAUUAAAUAAUUGUUUAAGAGAUUUAUUCGCAUUGCAAUAGUAAUUCUUGUGUGUCGAAGUUGUGCUUAAGUUCGUUUCCAUGAAGUCUAUCAAAAUUCAUAUCGGCUAUUGUUAAUUUUAUGUAUUCACAAGAAAA